UUACCAUACAUAUUAAGUGUCUUACUUUAAAGGGAAGUAAUUACAUAUUUUAAAAUUACUGAAAAAAAUUUCGGUUGGGUGGCAUGUUUCAUUUCACCUUUAUUAUCAUUUCUUUACGGUGGCAUGCUACAUCACAAAGUUAGCCAUUUUUAGUUUCUUGCAUGUUACGGUGGCAUAUGAAUGCUUCAUUUUUUACAAGUUAGCCAUUGUGGCAAUGAAAAGAGUUUCCUAGCUAGCUAGCUUGUGCACACGUCUUGUCCCGCACCAUGCAUUCUCUGACUGUGUUUCAAAUGUCUCCUUUAUGUUUUCUUGACAUUUAAUCUGCAGCAUAGAUAGCCUGUUUUUAAUGACGCAAAAUUUGAUGAAAAUGCAGUUAACUCUAACAUUUUUGAAUUUUUUUUGUGGUCUUCACAUUUCUUUUGAGCCUCUGCAAAGUGCAUUAUCGUAACCGACCCGCAUCAAUAGUAUAGGCUAAUGGUCUACUUCAGUAACUAUGAAAUCACCAUUUCAGAACAUAACAAUAACUCAUAAUUUAACGUCUAUGCACCUAAAAUUGCAGUUUGCUAUUUACAUAUAUUUCUUUUUCACAUCACUUUCGCACCUUUACACGUUACUUACUGUUUCACAAUCAUAUAUAUAGACACGUCAGCAUUUGAAUGCUUGCCCAACCGCUGAACUUUGUUCUCAUCUGUGUACAGUAGUGUGAGAACAUCUGAGCUAAUUUUGAUCACAUAGUUUUGGAGUUACAUUGAAGUGAGAUUAUAUGUACAUGUGCGGAGGAAAAUAAGUUUUUGGUGUAUGCAUGUUAUUUACUCCCUUGUAAUUUUUUUUCACAUUAUUUAACAAUUUUAGUUCAUUAUUAUUUUUUAAAAUAUCAUAUAGGCUAAGUGUUUUAAUUACUUCAUAGGAAAAAGAAUAUACACUUCAAAACUAUUAAACAGAUUUGCUUGUGGGGAAAGGGGUGGUUUUACAUUAAUUGUGAUGUGCACAGAUAGGCGAACGUAAAUCAUUUUUCAAAAUUCACCAAUAACACUUUUUAAGUUGCUAGACUGUUCAACUUCAAUAGCAACCGCCCUAAGAUAACUGUGACAUCAAACCUAACACCCACCUAUCUCCUCCUUCAAGAAAAAUAUUAUAUAUUUAGUAUUUAUAUAUUUUUUAUUUUGUUUUCAAGAAAGAUAGAAAGAAUAUAUUGGACUGUUUAUUUUAUUAUUUUAAGAAUAACUUAUAAAUGAUGUUGGAGUUUUCCUCGCAAACAAUGUUAUUCUAUCCUUUCUGUAGUGAGAAGAUAAAAGAAAUUAAAAUAAAAUAAAAGAAACACUCUUGAAUAUUGUCCAAUUGAAUUGACAACGUCAUGCUUUGAACCUUUUUUACUUUGUGUACUCUAUCUCUUCUUUUCCUGCAUUGCUUCCACUUGCAGAAGAGACUUAAGGGGGAUCGACAAUCUAGCAUCGACGUCUGCUCCUGUGAACCUAAACACACAAAAUCCUCACCAGGUGAUACUGUUAUCUGGAAAAGGACAGCUAGUUCAAAACGUUAAAAUAAAGCAAAAGAAAAAUGAUUAAUUGGCACGAUUUUUCGUCAGAUAUUUAGUGUAUAUUCAGUUUAACAAUUUUUUAAUAAAUAUAUGAAAGUACUUUUAAAAAAUAAACAGUUAUUUAUUUUAAAAUAUUAUCUAAACAUGCACUUGAUUUUUAUGGUUUGACUUGAUUAUUCAGGUGGUGAUUGGCAACGGCAUCGUUUCCCUUCAUUUAUCAAGGCCCGAGGGCGAUAUCCUUGGAAUAUCAUAUGCUGGAAUUGACAAUGUACUCGAAGCUAAAAAUAAAGAAGGCGAUAGAGGGUACCCAUCACCUUCUUCAUAUUAAAUGAAUUACAUUUAAGUUGGAACUUUCUCAAAAUUAAUCCAGUAUAUAGUAUGCCAUGAAAAUUGGAUCCAUGCAAGUCCUGGUUUGAUUGACAUUACAUAACCUGGCCUUCAUAAUUAUAGGUACAUGGACGUUGUUUGGAAACAACCAGGACAACGUGACACGUUUCAGAGAGUCCUAGGGACAAAUUUCAGAGUCAUAACAGCAAACGAGAACAUAGCGGAGGUUUCAUUUUUAAGAACAUGGACAGCUUCCAUGAAAGGCUCAAGUGUCCCCGUAAACAUAGACAAAAGGUAUAUAUUGCGACGAGGCGAUUCCGGGUUUUAUUCAUAUGUAAUAUUUGAGCGACCAGCAGGAUUACCUGCGGUGGUGAUUGAUCAAAUUAGGCUUGUUUUCAAACUCAACGAAGACAGGUUCCACUAUAUGGCUAUAUCAGAUACUAGGAGAAGGGAAAUGCCAUCUGUGAGAGAUAGAGAAACGGGUCAGCCCCUAGCUUAUCCGGAAGCUAUUCUCUUAACCCGUUCAUCAAACCCAAAAUUCAGGGGAGAGGUGGAUGACAAAUACCAAUACUCGAUUGAGAACAAAGAUAACUUAGUUCAUGGUUGGAUUACCAAUGAGUCUGAAGUCUCAGUGGGUUUCUGGAUGAUAACGCCCAGUAAUGAGUUCCGCAACGCUGGGCCCAUUAAGCAAGAUCUAACCUCUCAUGUUGGGCCCACUACUCUCUCCAUGUUUGUGAGCACACACUAUGCUGGCGAGGAGGUAACCAUGGCCUUUCAAGAAGGGGAGACUUAUAAAAAGGUUUUUGGCCCAGUUUUUUCCUACCUCAACUCUGCUCCAAAUAAAGCUGAGUUUCUGUCUCUUUGGUCAGAUGCUGUUGAACAGCUAUCCAAUGAAGUCAGAAAAUGGCCUUAUGAUUUCCCUCAAUCAAAAGAUUACCUUCCACCCAAUCAACGGGGAACAGUAGCUGGACGGUUACAAGUCCAAGAGGGAAAGAAAUCUCAAUAUGCUAUUGAUGCUUAUGUUGGUCUAGCUUUGCCUGGAGAAGCAGGAUCGUGGCAAAAAGAAAGCAAGGGUUAUCAAUUCUGGACUCAAACUGACAGAUCCGGACACUUUGUAAUAAAAAAUAUUGUACCUGGGGAUUACAACCUGUAUGCAUGGGUUCCUGGCUUUAUUGGAGAUUACAUGUAUAAAGCUAAAAUCACUGUCACACCAGGAAGCAACAUCAACUUGGAUUCACUUGUAUAUAGUCCUCCAAGAAAUGGUCCUACUUUGUGGGAAAUUGGGGUCCCAGAUCGCUCAGCUGGGGAAUUCCAUGUACCAGAUCCUUACCCCACGCUAUUGAACAAACUAUACACGAACGAUGCAAAAAACAAGUUUAGGCAAUACGGGUUGUGGGAACGUUACACUGAUUUAUAUCCAAAUCGUGAUCUCGUUUUCACGGCUGGCGUUGAUGACUAUAAAAAGGUUUGGUUUUUUGCUCAUGUUACCAGGAGCAUAGCAAAUAAUACAUUCCAGCCAACCACAUGGCAGAUUAAAUUCGAUCUUCAAAAUAACAUAUUGAGAGGCAACUACACACUACAAUUGGCCCUGGCAUCUGCCACUAAUGCUGAAUUGGAGGUUUGGUUGAAUGACCCAAGAGCUAAAUCUCCCCUCUUCACAGCAGGGCGUUUAGGAGAAGACAAUGCCAUAGCAAGGCACGGCAUCCAUGGAUUGCAUAGGCUGUAUAGUAUAGUUGUAGAUAGUAAUCAUUUGGUAAAUGGAAAGAACACCAUCUAUCUGAGACAGUCAAAAGCCACAGGUCCGUUCCAAGGAGUUAUGUAUGAUUAUAUCCGCUUAGAAAGUCCUCCAACUCAAGCUACUUGAUUC